CGAAAAUGGCGGCCAUCAUCUGAUGCUCAACAUCAGCCUCUCUUUCUUUUAAGGUUCUCUCCUAAACAAACAUUUAUCUUGGACAAUAACUGGUGUGUAGCAGCACCAUGGCGUCCCUGCUGUGUGUGAAACAACAAGGUGGUAAAUUACAAGUCCACAAUAACGAUGCCAUUGAAGAAUUAAUGAUCGACAGUCAGGAUCAUAUUACAACCACGAUGAUGAACCGAUCAGCUGUGCAGAGGAGACGGUCGUCAAAGAGACCAUACUCCACUCCAGCUGGGGCCAAACCUGGUACUGGAAUGGAUUCAAAAAGUUUGAUUGGACAGACACUCAAAGUACAAGAUUGGUUGAAUGAAAAGACAGUCAAGAGUUUACAGUUGUUUACGAUUCCACAAGCAUGGGUAGAUAAACAGGAAAAGUCUGACGUGGAAUCAAAGGCAGCCAGACAGCUGUACAACCCACUCUUGGAAACAGAAAGCACGUUCGUCAAGGAUAUAGAAGAAUAUGUAUGUCACAAAGAUGUAAUGGAUUUACGUAAGAAAGAAAUGCUGCAUAAAAAAUGGAAUGAUAGGGUUCAUGAACCCUUACGUAAAAAGAUCAUUGAUGUUAUGGACGGCGAAGAUUGGCCAGAACUGGACAGACGAAAGAGGGAAUUACAUAAACAGUAUUUAGAAUUUGUAAAUGAAAAGGGUCAUGUUUUCUUGGACACAAUGGACCCAAGAGAAUAUUAUGCACAAGCUUUGAAUGGACACAGACCUGCGCCAAUUAAGAAUUUGUGCUUAAAGUGGAGUAAGCACAUGGUCAAGGCUCAGGCGCAUUUCAACACACAACAUUUCAAGGUACAGACACAAAAGUUCCGUGACCCACUUUUAUCUCAAGGCCGUGAACGUAGCGAGGAGGAGCGUACAAUAAUGAGAUGCAUGACCGGGUACAAUUACACAGACAAGGAUAUAGACCAAGUCAAGUUACCUCCCUUACCCCUUGUGCCACUAGGAAGACAUGGCACGGACAGUAUUAAGUGGCUUCAGAUGCCACUGCAUAAUAUUGAGAGUACUCCACGAAUGGCUAGCAGAAGGAGGAUGCAGGGUGUCUUCAAUCAGUGUAACGUAGAUUUUGAGGAAUGGUCUCAAACACAGUACAACCACAGUCUAGUCGACGAAGAACUUCAUAUACAGAAAAAGAGAAUGUUUAAAGAAGUUCCACCUUUUAACAGACCCCCCAAAAAGGUUCAAGGUCUUAAAAAAUGUGUUUCAUAUGAUAGUUAUACACAAGUUAUUCCCGAGGAUAUGUUAACUAGUAACAUGGACUCAAUUCCAGAGGAAAGGUUGGUUGUUUCCAUGCAACAGACUCAGAAUGGAAUAGACCAACAAACAAUGGCCGUCUCUUAAUCAGUGACCUUGUCCUUUGUAGCUUGAACUCAAUCACUAUGGCAAUAAAAGUGCAUUUUUUUGUGUAAAAGUGAGAACUAUAGAUGUAAACAAGAGCUUAAUUUGCAUUUACUGACUGUCAAUUAUGACAUGAAGCUGCUUGUUAUGUUUGACUCUUCAUUUUGUUAAUUCUUAAAAUGACUGUUUGCUUUGUACAUAGAAGGGGCACAAGUUUUACUGAUAUUUGUUAAAUAAUUAUGAUGAGAAAUUGUUUUUAUCUUUUUCAUUAAUUUGUUUUCCUUGCUUACAGACUACAGUGUCAUGCCUCUUUUUUCUCUUUUAAUUUUUAAACACCAAGGAUUGAAGCAGCCUUCACGAUGUAUUUUAAUAUUAUUUCCAGAAAAAAAAAUCUUUCUUCACUGUUUUUAUUUUACAUUUUCACAUAUUUGUUAUCAAAACACUGUAUUUUGUAUACAAUCAUAUUUUUUUUGGCAUUCCUUCAUACCUUUUUUCAUCUAUGAUAGGUCUGCAGAACUAGAACAUAAAUUUUCUGUGAAAUUGUUAAUGUUUCCAUGCUUUUUUCUAGUCAAAUUGUUCUUAUAAUGGGAAGUAACUCCUUAUAAAUUUAUUCCACAUAUACAGGGUGUUUAUUUA